UCACCUAUCUGUUCCCACCCUUCUCUAACCUAAACCCUAAAACAAUGAGCUAUCCAGUUUGAGCCUUGGAGUGUGUAGUGGUGGCAAGUUUUUGUGGUGGGAAACGAGAGGAGAAAAGGGGAGGAAGAAAGGGAGGGGAGGAGACCCAACCAAGACAUUUCAGUGCUGCGUGCAUAGUGAAGACUCAAGAGCUGAUUCAAAAGCUUAUUUGUAGAAGAGAAUUUUUUUCUUAAAAAUUCCAUCCUUAUAUGUAAAAAACGUUUCUGACGGGAAGCAUUAAGUAGCAACAAGUGAAACAGAGCAUUAUUAUAUUUUUGGUUUCUUUUUUGUUAUAACAGCAUAACAGGAGGCAGACCCACGCUACCAACUUAUGUAAGGACAGGAAAAAGGAGAAUAGCCUGUAGAGCCAAAGGAAACAUAAAUAAAGAGUCCAAAACAGAACCUUAAAUUAAGUCAGUGAAGCAAAACCACUAUAAAGACCCACAGUCACCACAUUAUGUCUCGCUGGGGGCGGAAAAACGUCAAGAAGACCCCUGAAGUGAUCAGGACAGUCACGGAGGGGCUGAAGUCACUGUAUCGUAAGAAGCUUUUGCCUAUUGAGGAGUACUAUGGUUUUCAUGACUUCCACUCUCCAAGUCUGGAGGAUGCUGACUUUGACAACAAACCCAUGGUGCUAGUGGUUGGUCAGUACUCAACAGGAAAGACUACUUUCAUCAAGUACCUUCUGGAACAAGAAGUGCCUGGAAGCCGUGUGGGUCCAGAGCCUACUACAGACUGCUUUACUGCCAUCAUGCAUGGUGACAUGGAGGGAAUAAUCCCUGGAAAUGCUCUCAUAGUGGACCCCAACAAGCCUUUCCGCAAACUCAACCCCUUUGGAAACACUUUCCUGAACAGAUUCCAGUGUGCGCAGCUGCCCAACCAGGUUCUGGAGAGCAUCAGUAUCAUUGACACCCCUGGCAUCCUUUCGGGAGCUAAGCAGAGAGUGAGCCGAGGUGAGGCCAACACUAAAGGCUAUGACUUCCCAGCUGUCUUGCGUUGGUUUGCUGAACGAGUGGACCGAAUUAUUCUCCUUUUCGAUGCCCACAAGCUGGAGAUUUCUGAUGAGUUUUCAGAGGCCAUAAGUGCUUUGAAGGGCAACGAGGACAAACUGCGUGUGGUGCUUAACAAGGCUGAUAUGGUUGGGACACAGCAGCUGAUGCGUGUAUAUGGUGCUCUCAUGUGGUCUCUGGGGAAAGUGUUUGGAACCCCUGAAGUGCUGAGAGUAUAUAUCGGCUCAUUCUGGUCUGAACCCCUUAUGGUUCCAGACAACCGGAAGCUAUUUGAAUUGGAAGAGGAAGAUCUUUUUGUUGACAUUCAGAACCUGCCACGAAACGCAGCCCUCCGCAAACUCAAUGACCUGGUCAAGAGAGCCCGUCUAGUCAGGGUUCAUGCUCACAUAAUUAGUUACCUGAAGCAAGAGAUGCCUUCUGUCUUCAGGAAGGACAAUAAGAAAAAGAAUUUGAUCUACCAGCUGCCAGUCAUCUUCUCCAAGAUCCAGUUGCAACAUCACAUUUCCCCUGGAGAUUUUCCUGACUGUGCCAAGAUGCAGGAACUCCUGGCAGGUCAAGACUUUACCAAGUUUAAGUCCCUGAAACCCAACAUGAUGGCUAUGUUGGAUGAGCUGUUGUCCACUGACAUUGCCAAGCUGAUGCCUCUCCUCAGGCAGGAGGAGCUGGAAGCAGGAGGUCAACCUGGAGUCCAAGGUGGGGCUUUCUUGGGGACCCGAGCAGGACCCUUUGUGGAGGGUGACCCUUUUGGUGAGAAAGGUGAGGAUGAUGGUCAGGAUGGAGAGGUGGAAGUAGACUGGAUCGUGACUAAGGAUAAGCCCAAGUAUGAUGAGAUCUUUUACAACCUUGCACCCAGUGAGGGCAAGCUGAGUGGCACCAAAGCCAAAGACUGGAUGGUGAGCACACGGCUGCCCAACUCUGUGUUGGGUCGCAUAUGGAAGUUGUCAGAUGUGGAUCGUGAUGGCAUGUUGGAUGAUGAGGAAUUUGCCCUGGCUAGCCACUUGAUUGAGGUGAAACUUGAAGGGCAUGGCCUGCCGCCUGAAUUACCUGCUCGUCUAGUGCCUCCUUCUAAACGCAGACAAAAAGGAUCUGAUGCCUAGACAAUAGAAGCUGCCAAUGGUGUCUACUAGAUAGGUUUCUUGUCAGAAUGCAUAUGUAAUAUAAUUAUUGGCAUCCUUCAUAAAAAUGAGCAAAACAAUUUUAUAUAAAAUAAACGUUAUACACAAUAAUUCAAAUUUUCCACUGAACCUAUUCAUCUUUGUUCUAAUGAAAAAUAAUUCUCAUUCUAACUAAAUAAUAUUAUUUUCUCUCAAAAAUAUAUGCUCUAAUGAUUAUUUUUAAAUAUUUGAAGCUGUUUGGAGCAUUGCAAGGAUGAAACCCUUCCUGAGAUCAUCUGACAAAAUGCAGCACCUAUAGUUCACCAAGCGUCAUUAACUUCUUGGUCAUUUACAACAAAAAUGGACUGCAUACAAGGAAAAACACUGAUGCUUUGAGGCUGUUUUGGGGCUGAUGAUUCAGGGAUUCAGAGCCAAACAUACUCUGAAACAGUUCAAGAAAAAAAAAUACUUUGAAGCCUACUGAAAUCCUGUGGUCUGAAUUGAAGAGGGAAAUCUACAUACCCAAACCUAAGAAUAUAAAGGAGCUUCUGCAUGUGUCUACAAGUGUCUCCAACCUUUCUGGACAUUACAGGAAGUAACAGAGUGCUGUUAUUCAAUCCAGGGCAAGAUAAACAAUUGAUAUAAGUCUACACACCCCUGUUAAAAUGGCAGGUUUUUUGUUAUUUUUAAAAAUGAAACCAAAAUAAAUCAUGUCAGAACUUUUUCCACCCUCAAUGUUAAAUUACAAACUAUAAAAAUUAAGUGAAAAACAGUCAGAAACAUUUUAGGGAAAAUAGGGAAAAUAAAAAAGUUACAAUAACCUGGUUGCAUAAGUGUGCACACCCUUUUAUAAUUGGAGAUGCUGCUGUGUUCAGAAUGAAACACUCACAUUCAAUCUCAUGUUCAAAAGUAAUCAUCAUACAGCUGUCAUCAAUGAAAUUAUUCUGAUAACCCCAAAUCAAGACCAGCUGAUUUUCUUCACAUCUUCUUGGUUUCAUCCGACUCCUGAAGCCAUGGUCCGCAAAGAGCUUACAAAGCAUGCAUGGUAUCCCACUUGUUGAAAGGUAUCAAUCAGGAGAGGGGUAUAAACAAAUUUCCAAAACAUUAGAUAUACCAUGGAACACCGUAAAGGCUAUCAUCAACAAAUAUAAAAAAUGGAGCUCCACAGUGACAUCACCAAGAACAGGACGUCCCUCCAAAAUUGAUAAAAAGACAAGACAAAAACUUACCAGGGAGGCUGCCAAGAGGCCUACUGCAACAUUAAAGGAGAUGCAGGAAUAUCUGACAAGUACUGAUUACUCUCUGCAUGUGACAACAAUCUCUCGUAUUCUUCGCAUGUCUGGGCUAUAGGUAGGGUGGCUAGACAGAAAUCCUUUCUCACAAAAAACAUCCAAGCUCAAGUAAAUCACCCCAAACUAUGUGGCAAAAUGCAUUAUGGUCUGAUGAGACAAAUUCCAAAAGGUAUAAUAAUUCCAUAAUUCCAAACGUUAUGCUUUGUGCAAAAAAAGAAAGCACAUCACCAAAAGAACACCAUGUCCAUGGUGCAGCAUCAUGCUUUGGGGUUGCUUUUGUUCAGCCGGAACCGGGGCUUUUAUCAAGGUAGAGGGGAUCAUGAAUAGCUACGAUUUUAGUGCAAAACAUUCAGAUGUCUGCUAGUAAGCUGAAGAUGAAAAGAAAUUUCACCUUUCAGUAUGACAGUGACUCAAAGCAUACAUCCAAAUCAACAAAGGAAUGGCUUAAUCAAAAGAAGAUCAAUGUUUUUGAAUUACCUAGCCAGAGCCCAGACCUGAAUCCAACUAAAAAUCUGUGGAUGUCCUGUGGGCUGUGCACAGGAGAUUCCCUUACAGUUUGAUGGAUCUAGAAUGUUUCUGCAAGAAAGAGUAGGAAAAUAUUGCCAAGUCAAGAUGUGCCAUGCUGAUAGACUCAGUCCAAAAGACUGAGUGGUGUAAUAAAAUCAAAAGGUGCUUCAACAAAGUAUUAGUUUAGGGGUGUGCACACUUAUGCAACUAGGUUAUUGCAAGUUUUUUAUUUUUCCUUUUUCCCUUAAAAAAUUUCUGAUUGUUUUUCACUUUAUUUGUGUGCCUUGCAGUGUCACAUUAAAGGUGGGAAAAGACAUGAUUUAUGACAUGAUUUAUCUUAGUUUCAUUCUUUUACUUCACAAAAACCUGACAUUUUAACAGGAUGUGUAAACUUUUUAUAUCCACUGUAUGUAUGUGCAUACAUAUAUAUAUAUAUAUAUAUAUAUAUAUAUAUAUAUAUAUAUAUAUAUAUAUAUAUAUAUAUAUACACACACACACACAUAUAGUGUGUGUGUGUGUGUGUGUGUGUGUAAAACUAUAAAAUAAAACUAUACAACGUCUCUCUAUGUUUGAGAUCACACUGCGUACUCUUUUAAAUUUAUAUUAAUUUUCACUCAUUUUCAUGAAGGGUGCCAAUAAUUCUUCAUGGCCCUAUGCCCUCAUAUGCAAAGAUCUACCUAACAUAAUGAUGGGGACGAUCUUCCUGAUCAGUAAAGUCUUCAGAAGUGAGAAACAAUUUAACUCGUUGGGGAGACUGGCAAGCCUUAAUGUGUGAAUGCCAAUAUGCAUUGAGUUAAGAAAACUGUCUAGGGGUCUGCACUGUUUCCUCUCUUCAGAGCUAUCAUUCCUGAAUCACAGCCGCUAUGCAUCUUCACCUACUGUCUCUGUCGCUGUUGCUAAAUACCAGUACAUCUUUACUUUUAAAAUAUAAAUAAAAUCAAAGUCUAGCUCAAUUAUGCUAACAUGAGAUUUAAAAAAUGGGUAUCUGGGAUAUGCAUAACAGUUACCUAGAGGUAUAAUCCUAAAGAAUUUUAUGACUUAUAAUUCAACACUAUUAAAAAACAUGAAUAUCAAAAUGUGACAUUUGCUUAAAUCAUUGCAUACUAGAAAUGUUUCUGGUAAAUUUCUUAUUAAUGUCAUGCAUUUUAAACCAAAUUAUGUUGUGGACUACUGUACAACACUUUACUGAUUGCUUUAUAAUGGAUACCAUUAUUAUAAAACCAAAUAAACUGUGCUGAUUUUA